AUGACAGUCGAACCAUCGGAGGUACGACUUUUUCGGGUUGGUGGUGUGGUGUCCAGGCAUAACGAAGGUUACGGUUCCGUCUCAUCGCCGGUAGCAGCGGAGUUGACGCUCACUUCGACGAUACCUAGACGGCUCAGCAGUGACCAGCAGCUGAGUCGAUGGCAUACCCACCAGGUGAGUUUCCCGGCCUUGUGGAGCUUUCUGCCCCUUCUAGACUCUUGGGCUGACGACCUUUCUGCACCCCCAUGCGCAUGCAGUGGUGGUUCUGAGGUCAUCUAUCAUCACGCCAACGACUCCCAGAAUCCUUUGCUGAACAGCACUAGAAUCACUAGACCUCCUUGGCUAGAACCCGACCUUCCUAUACUUUCCCCUUUCCAGAUCAUGAGUUCCAAGUCCACGAGCUGCUCGUCAGUUGUCUCUUCUCGUGUUGUGAUAGAUCUGCUCUACCCGCUGGCAUCAUUCAAUAUUGUAAAGGCGAUGGCGAGAACGUUCCUGAUUUGCUAUCUUGCAACCUUGACGGAAGCUCUUGUCGGGUCAGGUCUUGGGCUAGGAAGAUUUGCGGCUGCCAAUAUUCAUCUCACGGCAGGUCGCGGUAGGCCGAUACUCCAGCAGUCCUGGCGGUUCGAGAUCACGAUCUCUACCACCUAUCUCGAAUGCACCACCUUCGCAAAGCUCGUACGGUGCCGCAUUUCUGCGUAUCGAAUAUCCGAUGGUGGUAGACAUAGCGGGCAAGGAAUGGCAAGCGAACCGGGCUCAGAGGAAUCGGAGCUCAGUAUACCGGCCCUUGGGCCUCCCGAAUUAUUUGGGACGUUCAAGCUCGAAAUUUCGAUGAAUUUCGUCAACGGUCCACCGUGUCAGAAAGAUGCCCAUGAUCCCGAGGCCUCCCGUCUCAUGUUACCCAAGAUGCACACUCUAUGCAUUGACGUCUCAUUUGGCCGCUGCAGUGGGUAUUCGUCAUCUCAUCUCAAGUGGGGAGUCGGCAGCCAUGCAGCGAAUGUACCCUUUCAGGCGUUCAUAAAAGGCAGCAAAGACACGUCUUGCAGUGGUGCCCAAAAGCCGAUGCAGGUUGCCCAAAUGCUCUGUCCGUACAUAAGUGUCUCCAGCCGCCAAUUCAUGCCAGAAGCCGUUAUGAAAUCUUGCCGAAAUCAACCUUUUGAUUCGAAUUCGCAACAACCACGUUCUAGGAAUUCUGACAUCUUCCGUCAGCUGUGUUUCCGCUCGCGAUGGUUCGAGAGAAGAUGUCAUAUCAGUGGACAGAGCAGAUAG